CUUUUUAAGAAUGUGGUCCAAUGAUUACCGUUCAAACAAUCAACAUGGAACGAAUGAGAAAAUACAGUACUACAUGAGAAGAUUCCACUCAAAUGGGCACCGAUAAACAAGAUGUCAAACUCAGGUUUUAUGGUCAAUGAUGUUGCUGGCUCGUCAAGGGAGGGAACAGCUAAAAAGGUCCUUAGUCGAUGGAGGGGGACUACUGGUCCUGUUGUGGACCGUGGCCGGCCAGCCACCCAGCAGCCAGGUGGUCAACUGCACAGUUGCAGGACCCUGGUGCUCAGGAGUUCCAGUGGAAGAAGUCCAACCAGAUCAGUGCAGUCAAACUGGACAGGUGUACGGUGCAGUCACACACAGAAGGCUUCUUGCACAUACUGAGUCUGACUAACGCAGGGGUGAAAAUUCACCUCAAAUUGAAAUUGGAAGGAGAAACAUACCAGAGAAUCUUUAGUGGGAAGGCAGAGAGACUCGCCCUGAAGGACCAGACUGUGACCAUGGACGUUCCUCCUUCUAUCAUGCGGCCUCCCAUGUCAUUGGGAGCAGGCCCGUGGUGCCAGCGAGGCCAUCCUGUGUUAGGAGGUGGGUUGCCUCUACUUAUCCUGCCUGAGGCCAUGGAGAGAGGCCUGUAUGGGGAGCUGAACCUCCUACCAGUCACAGUUCUCACCCCCUGUGUAUUGCAGUACUCCAACCUGGCAACCAGAGUCACACGCAUACAGAUAUCCUUUAUCAAUCACAUCACACACAUCAUAUACCCUUGCUUUGGGGGCUAGUCGUUUAGAUAAAACCAUUUGAAAGAUGUCUGAGUAGUGACAGUAGACCCUUAUUCCUACUGAACCAUCAGUCUUUAACCCCAGUGGUACGUGCUGCUUUACAGCCCAGUAACCUUCCCCUGCUGGGGCCCUCAGCCUUCCUACAGCGUAAAACGUAUCCUGAUACACAGGUUAAACACCCAAUCCUUGCAGUGAGGGUCAUCAAAAAGAAAGGAGGACCAAGGCACUCUUCAUAUAAUUGAUUAAAAUGCCUUUAUUAGUAUGGCAUGUUCAAUAGAAACAAUGUUUUUAAAAAUCCGACGCGUUUCGACUGCAUGGCCUUCGUCAGAGAGUACAAAGAAAUAAUACAAUGUUCUCUUUUUAACAGCUUUUCCAAUUAACCCUAAUUUGAAUAGGUAGUGGUUAAAAUUGAUUGGACACACCUAGUAAGCAAUACUAUACACACUUUAAAGUGAAAUACUGUAGCUAUGUUAUCAUAA